CAGCAGGACACUCAUUUCAGUGACAAUUUCCGCUCAAACAAGAAAGAAACUGUCAAAACCAAGAAACACGCGAAAACUUAAAGAUUUGUAAGCUUGUCUAGUCUCUCUCAUUUUGCCAUUAAAUACAUUCUACAACUCUGAAAUGAACUGACGAAUAGCUCAAUAUGACUACGCUCAUAGUUGACAACGGAGCUGGAACUGCGAAAGCGGGUUUCUCAACAGAUCCGGAACCAAGAAUCAUUCCAAAUUGUGUUACUAAAGCAAAGAAUGUGCGCACUCGCAUUUUCAUCGGAGAUCAGAUUGAUGAGUGCAAAGAUUUGUCAAGCUUGUACUACCUUCUUCCUUUCCAGAGAGGUUUCUUGGUCAAUUGGGAAAUAGAAAAACAAGUUUGGGAUCGCCUUUUCAGCAAAGACGUUCUCCAGGUGGACUUCAAUGAAACCAGGCUUAUUCUAACAGAGCCAUUCUUCAAUUUUCCCUCAAUAGGGGAGGCAAUCAAUGAAGUAAUCUUUGAAGAAUUCCAAUUUCAUGCUCUUCACCGAACUCAAGCCCCCACACUGACGUGCUACAAACACCAGAAAGACAAAGAGACAAGUGGGAGUAUGUUUGGCACUCUCGUCAUUGACUCUGGUUACUCCUUUUCUCACAUCGUUCCUUUCUACAAGAACAAACCCGUCAAGGAAGCAAUUGUCAGAGUCAAUGUUGGAGGGAAGGUGCUCACAAACCACCUCAAGGAAGUAAUCUCAUACAGGCAGCUUAUGGUAAUGGAUGAAACCUAUGUGAUCAAUCAGAUGAAAGAGGACGUCUGUUACGUUUCUACCCAGUUCAACAAGGACAUGGAAAUUGCCAGGAAAAAAUAUCCUGAAAAUACUAUCAGCCGAGACUACAUCCUCCCAGACUAUACACAUAUCAAGCGUGGCUACGUCAGAACGCAAGAGGAGAGCUCGAAGAAAAGUAAAGGAGAUGAACAGAUGAUUCGAAUGAACAACGAGCGAUUCGCCGUUCCAGAGCUGCUGUUUCAGCCGGCGGAUGUGGGCAUUCCGGAGAUGGGGAUCAGUGAGAGCAUCAUUCACUCACUCAGCCUUGUGGACGAAGAGUUGAGCCCUCAUUUGCUGAACAACACAGUACUCACUGGUGGUAAUGCCUUGUUACCAGGCUUCCAGGACAGACUUCAAUCUGAUGUCCGUAGCAUGGCCUCAGACGAUUUUGAUGUGAGCGUGUCCAUGCCAGGAAACCCCAUCACUUUCCCAUGGCAGGCUGGUUGUGACUUGGCCGCUGACCCCAGUUUCCCGUCCUUGUGCGUCACUCGACAAGAAUACGAGGAACAUGGCCACACAAUCUGCUCAAAUAAGUUUAAUGUGUAAUGCUGGUUCUUUUGGGGUUGGGUUUUUUUUUCACUUUUUUUUUUCUUUUAUAUCAUGUAACACUGCCACAAAAUAAAAACUUGAAUGCUGCCAAACA